AUGACGGCGUCGAACGCGGGUCCAAGUCACGCAGACGUUUUCACUUGCCGGCAGCCCGUCCGCGUUGAGAAUGCGAGGUAUGUCCAGAUACUGGAUUGUGUCUAUCCUCGCCUGCGUGUCGAUUGUAUUCUCGUGAAAGGCGAGUUCAGCCCGGCGAUGGUAAACUACGUCUCGAAGCGAAUCAACGUCAAGGUCAACUGUAUGUUCAUCAACUGCCCCAAGCAUGAUUUUAAGCAUCCGCUGGACAGAAUGGGUGGUGUUCGCGUCAUCCUGAACUCUGAGAAGCCGGAUCCGUUUGAAAUGGACGCAGGUGCGGCACCAGCCUCGUGGACGUCGCCUCCAUCCGGACCUGACGAUCAACUUUACCUGCCAUUGAGAAAGUUUGAUGAGUCAAAGGACCUGCAAAGCAGUCCUCGAGCUGCUAAUGCCGUUGGCAUUGGCGAUUCCAGCUAG